AUGGAGCAGGCCUAUAGUCGAGGAUGUGGCAGAACUGUUCAUAUCGCUCGCGGUGGUGGUGGUGCAGACGUCGGUGGUGGUGAUCGAGAGCAAGGCGAAGAAGCAGAUGAUGGCGGUGAUCAACAAGCUGAUGUGGAUCGCCUGCGUUCUGAAAUAUCUGAACUUUAUUGCAACUCUGGAACAAGAAUCCAUGGGAAGGACAGAAAUUAA